AUGUCGGGCGGGGUAGUCAUCAUCCAGGAGGGCGUGGGCUCAAGCGCAGAUCUGUACUGUAGCAUCGCGAAAUACUCCAUAGUAUUCUCAAGGCGUAAGGCCCCCAUGUUGAUGGUUCAUCAUGCAGUAAAACUCAGUGCCUUCUUUAGAGCCCCACGACUCCGUGCAGAAAAGAAAAAUUUCCCAAGGCUCCUCCGAAAUGCCGGGGCUCGAAUACAUUUAAAGAUCGACAAAUUCCAUUAUAUGGGCUUUUCUUGCUUUUCCAUGUGCUCCCAAAGAAAAAAAGACAGCUCACGGAAAAUGGCAUCCAAAUGUGUCUCUGUGGUUGUCAUUGGAGCUUCUCAUGCAGGCCUGGGAGUCAGCCAUAGACUACUCCGAAAGACAGCCAAAGCAUCCAUCACCCUGAUCAACCCAUCGGACGAAUAUUACUUCAACAUCGCCGCACCCCGAUUCCUCGUGAAACCCGAGAGUUUAUCGUCGAGCAAAUACCUCUAUAAUAUCCAUGAAAGCUUUCGCGACUAUCCCGCAGGCUCCUUCACUUUUGUUAAGGGACUUGUCACCAACAUUGAUUAUUCGACGAAGUCUGUACUAGUCAGUACAGGCGAAAACCCUCUCAAGAAAGGCGAUGCUACUUCAGUCGCGUUCGAUUAUCUAGUGAUUGCAUCUGGCAGUACGACACCGGCUACGCUUGGACAAGGUAGUAUGAAACUCCCUUUCAAGGCGACUGCGUUUGAAGACACUAGAAAAGCCAUUUCCGAGGCGCAGAAGAGGCUCCAAAAUGCCACGAGAAUUGUUAUCGGUGGUGGGGGUCCUUUGGGAGUUGAAAUCGCCGGAGAACUGGCGGAAGCAUCGGGUUCAACAAAGGUCAUCACUCUGGUAUCGAAGACGGACGCAUUGUUGGACGGCGCAACGGAUACUGUGCGAAAAACGGCCGAGUCACUCCUACGACGCAAAAAUGUCGAGAUCUUGAAAGAUGUCGCAGUACGCCAGAUUGACCAGGAUCCUGAAACGAAGAGCUGGACGGUAACGCUGUCCACCGGCCAAACCAUCACAGCAGACGAGUAUAUUUCUACAACAGGGGUGAUUCCAAACAACCAGUUUAUCCCGAAAAGAUUCUUAAAUCAAGAUGGCUGGGUUAAUGUGGAUGACCACCUACGGGUCGUGGAAGAUGGGACCAGCCGAAGCGACACCUACGCCGUCGGCGACAUCACUUGCCUUCCUUAUCGGCUGCUUUCCAGAGUCUCACUUCAAGCAACGACUGUUGCGGCUAAUAUUGCUGCAAGUAUCAGCAAUGACACUCGCCUUGCUACAUACUCCGCCGAAGCUCAGAAGAAGAUGAUGGUUGUUCCUGUGGGCCAGUCGACAGGUACGGGGCACCUGGGCGGAUGGACACUCUGGAGUUGUCUCGUGUGGUUCUUCAAGGGCAAAGAUUUCUUGACUUAUAAAGCGCCGGAGUUCUUGCGAGGAAAGGCGGAGUGA